CUGGUUUUAAUAAGUUAUCUGUCGUUCUGUUUGGAAAGCGUGUUCUUUUUUCAUUUAAUGAAGCAGCUGCAGCCUCUGAUCCUCUCCCAUGCUCUCCCUCAACCCUCCCUCCUUUAUUUAACUGUGUGUUUGCAGAGCUGUCUGAGCACUGAAGCACAGGCAGCUCCACUGCAGCUUCACUCGCAUGCAUUGCAUACAGAUUGUCACCAGCUGAGAAUCAAAAGACGAAACGAGUCUGUGAAAUUUUAAAACGAGCUGCAGCACAGACACCAGGACCAGAGGACACACAGACUCAGGACAGAGGGAAGGAGACACUUCUUCACACAGAGAGAGGGGUGAGGGGGUGGAAUGGGCUGCCUAGCCACGCUGUUGAGGCAGAAUCGCUGGGAUCCGACUUGACAGAGUGAAUCUCACAAGCUGGACCGGACUGCUCGAGGAGCCACACUGUAAUCUGUAGCUCCUCCGUGAGAGUCCCGCUGUCACAGGCCCCUGUCUCUGUGUGAACCGCGCAGGUGAAUGCAAGCCAUUUCUAAUAAUAUUCAGACAGACAAAGUGUUCUGUUGAUAAGCAGGAGGGAGGAGUUGUCAUUUUCCAAAGAGAAAUAAUUCAUUAAUAAGUAGGGGUCCCGAAUUAUUGGCGGGGUGCCAUUGUUAUAACUGUUUAACUUUUCUGAGCGCCGUGAUUGGACAGAGCUCCCCUUGUUGGCUCUGUGAUUGGUCCAAUUAGACUAUAUAAGCAGGUGGUGUGACUGUGCUCAGCACUGGUCCUGCAGGAUAUCCACAAUGAAGCUCGCCUUCCUGACCGCUCUGUGCCUUUCCAUCAGCCUUGCUGACGCUCUCGACUCGUGUGUUGGAAGGUGUGGUUAUGGCACAAACCCUUCGCAUCCCUGCCAGUGUAACACAGCAUGUGAGCGCUUCGGGGACUGCUGCUCCGACUACUGGAGUACCUGCGCAGCAGCAUCUCAGGACUCAUGCCAUGGCCGCUGUGGAGAGAGUUACAACUCCCUCAACCGCUGCCACUGCAACACCAAGUGUGGGCAAUACAGCAACUGCUGCAAGGACUACAGCAGCCUGUGUGGAGGCAGCUCCUCCGGUGGUGCCUCUAUCUCGGACUUGGAGCUGCAGUCCCUCUCCGAGCGGCUUCUCUCUCUGGAUGUGAACAAGGCUCGCCCCGGAGACCUGACCCUGAACCCGCAGAGCCUCAUCCCUGACUCUGAGACCGCCAUCCCGCAGGACCGCGCCCCAGAGCCGUUGUACAGUUUUGUCAAUGAAGGUGUUCUCUUCUCCAAGCCCACCUUCUCCUCCUUCCUCAAGCUGCUGGAUAACUAUUCCCGCUUCACGGGCAGCACGGAGAGCUUCUCCUCCGAGCAGCAGGGGGAGCAGGACAGCUUCCUGAGGGCCGCUGUGAUGGGCACUGCGCUGGGCAAGGAGCUCUACAACUUCCUGUUCACCAAGGGGUACUACAGCUCCGAGGUGGAGUUCAUUCAGGAUCUCAAGAUGAUGUGGUUUGGUCUGUACUCCCGCGGGAAAGGGCAGCUUGACUCCAGCGGCUUUGAGCACGUCUUCUUAGGAGAGAUUAAGAAUAGCAAGGUAUCUGGGUUCCAUAACUGGAUUCAGUUCUACCGGCUGGAGAAACAGGGCCAGCUCAAUUACUACAGCCACAGCUUCGACGGACCGUGGACCAGUUACCCAGACGUACUGGGGCUGCAGUUUAACUGGGACGGCUACUACAAGCAGGUGGGGUCGGCGUUCAUCGGGAGCAGCCCUGAGUUUGACCUGGCCGUGUACUCCCUGUGCUUCAUCGCUCGACCCGGCAAGGUGUGCCAGCUGCGUCUGGGAGGGAAGCCCAUCGCCAUCCAGACCUACACCUGGACGAACUCCUUCUACGGGAAUGGCAAGAAAUUCAUCGCCUCCGCCUACCCUAUAUCACCCUGAGCACUCCCACUCUCCCUAUAUCACCCUGAGCACUCCCACUCUCCCUAUAUCACCCUGAGCACUCCCACUCUCCCUC